GAGAGACACUGUAGCAACAGUAGCGCGAACACGCGCUUGUGCCAGCUUAAGUUUCAAUAGUGGAGUCCAACAGCCAGGAUUGUAAGUUCCUGGUGAUAGCAGUAGGAAAUGAAUUGCUAUUUGCUUCUCCUCCUCGGUGUGUUUGCUGCAACUUCAGCUUUGCAGCACAUUGAUCCAAUCAGUAAAAGUAGUGACAUGAGAUUGGUCGUUGUCUCUAAAGGUAUUGCGAUCCUACCUUGUGAUUUCAGAGAGGGUACACUCUCAACAAUACAAUACACAUGGACAAAAGACAACUUACCUCUUGAUGUUACAAACAAUGACCGCUUGGAAAUCACAGACGAAGGUAAUCUAGUUCUUAGAGAUGCAAAAGAAGAAGACAAUGGGGUAUAUGUGUGUAAAGCUGAGAAUGACAACAUAACCACUGAAGUUAAUGUUACACUUAUUGUUCUGGUGUCUGAUUCAGCACCUCAUUUUUCAAACUUUUCUCAGCCAAAUGAAACAAUUCAAAGAACUGUUGGAUCUUCAGUUAAAUUUGAGUGUCCUAUAGAAGGGCAUCCAACACCUGCAGUGACAUGGUUAAAAGACGGGAUGCAUAUGGACACAUCAAAUAUUGAUUCGACCUCAACAAUAAUGAAAUGGUCGAUAACAAUCAAGAACCUAAAACCCGAAAACUCAGGAAACUACACUUGUUUUGGUGCGAAUGAAUUCGGAAGUGUAAAUGCGACAUUUGUUCUUCAUGUCAUGUCUAGGAAUAGGACAAUGCUCUUGAACUCUACUCGCCCAGAUUUAUCUGUGUUUCAUCCCUUAAACACUACAGUAAAAUAUGGAUCAUCUGCUACAUUUCAAUGCAGAGUUAGAAGCGAAGCUCCCCCCAAUAUUCAGUGGUUGAAAAAAGUCGAGGACAGGGACUUAGCUAAGAUGAAAAAAGAAAAUCAUGAUAUCAUAAAAGUCCAGAAUGAAAACUACCGAAUUCUUCAAUCAUCUGAAGUUGUGGAAAGAUCUGAUGGCUCUUUUUUGAAUAAACUUACAAUUCCUGAAGUAUACGAAGCAGACAGUGGGAAGUAUAUUUGUUUAGGGGCAAAUUCAAUGGGCUACAGUUUCCGCAGUGCUUAUCUUACUGUUCUUCCAAGAGGACCACGGUCUUCCCCUUUGAGCUGGAAUCGAAGUGGUACUAUACAUCCUGGUCACCCUGGCUCUCUGUUAGUAGCUAUUCCAAUAACAUUAGGCGUUAUUGUAGGUGUUAUGGUUGCACUAGUUGUUUUAUGUCACCGUAGGAGGCUAGACACUUCCAUACAAUUAAAUGCCUCCGGUUAUGGAAAAAAUUAUAUUACUGCAAAGUGUGCUUCAACAACCACAACUACAGUUCUAGACAACUUUAGAGAAGACAAAAUCGAUAAUGGAAUGCUGUCUUCUGAUGAAGCUGAAGAUUAUAAAGAUGAAGCAACGCUCUUACAACAAAUGCAAUCUGAAGUCGAGCUUGAAGACAGUGGAGCAGUUGUCACUAAAAUAUGUUUAGAGCAAAACUUUUCCAACAAUUGCGAAAGUUGCUUGGAGAUGAGGAACGAAGUGUGAUAUGUAAUAUGGUGAAUCCAAUCUCCUCAACAUUUUGAAAAUUACGUCUGCAUGUUUAUUGUUUUAACCUGGAAGACUUACUUCUUGAUGUGUUUUAUUUUCCAAAAUAUUUAGAGCUCAAUUUUGUUUGGAUUGAAAAAUCACGCGUAAUAAUGCAUUGAGCUAAAAUAAGAAAAAAAAGUGUACUUAUCAAAAAAUCAACAUAACUACAGUUAAAUGAUAUUGUUAAUUGCGGUGUCUCAAAAUACGCAUUAUUCAUUAUCAUUCUUAACAUAAUAUAGAGUAAAUUAUUCUCAAUGCCAUAUACCAGAUAUUCCUUGGUGAAUAUGCUAAUUGUUACGCGUUAUUGCUUAUUUUGUUACAGUUAAUAAAUUUCAAUAAAACUUAAUUCUACUUUAUAUAAAAUACAAUUAUAUUUUCUUCAUCCAAAUAAUUUUUUAAAGAUGGCCCUGCAAUAUUGACUUAAAUUCUGUUUUUAUUGUUAUGAUUCGAUGCACAAUAGAGACCAUAUAAUAUUGAUGAAAACAGUUUUUAUUGCGCCAUGUUUACUCCAUCACAGAACAGAGAACUUAACCAGUUAGGUAUGUGCAUUAAAUCUUCGUUUCUUAAUUUAGACGGUAAACUUCUUUCCCGUUUUUCCACCUAGACCUACUUAACUUCUUAAGAUCUCUAUAUCAAUUUAAAAGUUUGAAUGAAAUACCAUAAAAAAACCACGUUUUAAAUGUUAACUAGCUAUUAAUCCUAAACAUUAAUUUUUCAUUCAUAUCAUUUAGAAAAAUUCCAAUUAUUUUCUUAUUAUUCUUAUUAUUAUUCUGAUUAUUUAUAGUAGAAA